AAAGAAUAGCCGCACAGUAAGCUGGUUCCAGUGGCUGAUGCUCUCGCACAGAGUGCCGGUGUUAACGAUGUGAUGCCUUGACUGCGUGUGCGAAAAUGAAUGCCGAGGAGGACUCGUUCCCCUUCUCCAUCUGCUUAUGUCGCCCUUGUCUGCAGGGUGAGGGUCAGCCAUUUGCGGAGGUGUCUUACCGGAGGCACUUCCACCAGAUUCUGAGAUGGCCUUGCCAUUCGUUUCCCUUCGAGCUUGCCAGCUCUGGAAAAAUGGAGAUUCAGGUCUUCCUUGCAGAGGACGAGUCUGCUUUCCAGCAGCAAUAUCGGCAAGCAAUGGGCUGCUGCACACUGAACUUGGACACAUUAGUCGAGGUGCAGGGCCUGCAGGAGUUGUGGCUCCCGUUGGGGCGCCAGGCUCGUUCUUUGCGAGUGCUUUUGCAGCGACGUGAACGCUUGGCCUCCUUGGUGUGGGCGAUGUCUGUCACGCAGCAGGAGUUUGAUGAGGUGUUCGACUUGAAGUUCCCGGAUGAAGAGGACAUUCUGGUGAACCGCUGGAGGGCCAAGUAUGAGGAACAGCGCAAGUCUGUGGAUCUCCUAAAGCAAGAGCACGAUGCAGACUUAGCAAAGAUGAACCAGCGAAUCCAGCGGUCCAAAGACAAAACCAAAGCUGUUCUGGAGCUGUCAGGCACCGUGGUUUGGCAGUGCCUGGUAAAUGUGGCCUUUUGUGCAUGGGCUGGGUGGGUGGGAGAGGAGAAGAACCAGCGGCAGUUUGAUCAGCUGGCGGAGGAUUCCAGGCUCUUUCAGGCCCGCAGCGAGGGGGCCAAGGAAGCAGCACUGCAGGAAGAACGUGCUAUUGUUCGAGAGCAGAGCCUUCGCGAGAGCUGGCGCCGAAAGGUCUCAGAGUUGAACAGCAUGAUGCAAAGAGCCGGUCUCGGUUUGGUGACACGUGCUUUCAUGAAGUGGGUGCAAUUCUUGCAGCAGAGGGAGGUCUUCUUAGCCUGGCAGUCGUUCUUGGGAGACUUGGCUUGGUCAGAGCAGACGAAGCAGGUGGAGAUCAAAGAAGCUGCUGCUUUGGAGGCGGUGCGGCAGUCGCUGGGCGCCCUUGACACCGCUGCCGAGCGCCUGGCGCGCUGCGACCGGCUGCACGAAGCGCUGCAGAGCUGGCGAGGGGCGACGCGUCGGCAUCGACGGCGCAUCGCAGGCGUUGUGAACUUCACCGCCAAGCGUGUUGAUACAGCGGCUGCUGGGCUGCUGGGCCUUUUCUUCUUCCGCUGGCAUUCUUCGACCAGCGGCCGCUUUGGAGCCCGGCUUCAGGCCGAGCAAAAGGCUCAGCAGGAGGUGCUGAAGCGGCGUCGGCUGCGAACGCGGUCGGUGAUGCAGCUGCCGUGUGAGGGCCUCCGGUGGCAUCUCGCGAAGCUGGCGUUCGGCUUGUGGCAGGAUGUUGCGAAGCAGACUCGCACCCAAAAGGACUUGGAGCGGCAGCUGUCGGAGAGGGAAAGUGCUCAAAUUCAACUCGGCAGCGGCCGCAAGGAACUCAAGACGAUGCAGGCGACUGCGGCGGAAGAAGAUGCAGCCUGGGAGUCUGAACGUAGCAACUUACAUGAACGACUUCAACACCUACAGGCCAGGCAGCAGGAAUCCAAGAAGCAGUUGCAUGCGAUGCUGGACAAGCGCUCUCAGCUGGACUUGUGCUCAGUUGGUUGUGGUUAG